AUGCUCCUCCGGCCGUCACCCUCACUGUGGUCGUCUGUCGCAAGACAAAGGACGGCCACGAGACGCCCGUCGCUGGCCAUCAUCGACGACUACCUCAACACAUCCGGCCCGCAUUUCGCACAUAUUCCGUCCUCUAGCCUCCAGGUCACGACAUUCAACGACACCAUCCUCCCCGCCAAUGAGACAGAAACUGCCCGCCUGGUGGAUCGGCUGAAGCCCUUUGAGCUCAUUUCCACGGUCCGCGAGCGCACCGCGUUCCCGGGUGCUCUGCUGCGCCGCCUGCCCAACCUGAAGCUCCUGCUGGCCACCGGCACGCAGUUUGAAGAGUUUGAUCUCGCCGCGGCACGGGAGCUGGGAAUUGCCGUCGUUGCGGCGCCAGGCCGUGGCCGGACGGACCAAGUCGCCGCGGGCCACAACAUCAAGAAGGGCCGCGCCCAUCCGACGACGCAGCACACCUGGGCGCUCAUCAUGGCCCUCGCGCGCAAUGUGGCCGCCGACGACUGUGCGUUAAAGGCCGGCCACCAGUGGCAGAGCGGGCUGGCCAUGGGCCUCACCGGCCUCACUCUGGGUGUCGUCGGGCUCGGCCGACUGGGUGCUGCCGUCGCGCGCAUCGGACACCUCGCCUGGGGCAUGCGCGUGGUGUGCUGGAGCGAGAACCUGACGCAGGAAAAGGCCGACCGCAUGGCCACCGAGAUGGGCCUCUCGCCCGACGGGGGGGUCGACGGCGGCAAGACGUUUCUCGCGGUAAGCAAGGAGGACCUGUUUCGUGGAGCAGACGUCGUCAGCCUGCACUACGUUCUGAGCGCCCGCUCACGGGGCAUUGUCGGGGCCGAGGAGCUCGAGCAGAUGAAGAGCUCUGCCAUGCUGGUCAAUACGUCUCGCGGUCCGCUGAUUGACUCGGCCGCGCUUCUUGACACCUUGGAGCGCGGGGGGCUGCGCGGCGCCGCGUUGGAUGUGUACGAUGUUGAGCCGCUGCCCUUGGACAGCCCGUGGAGGAGAGCCAACUACUGGGGGGCGGGCGGGCGUUCACGGCUCGUCAUCACGCCGCACAUGGGAUAUGCCGACGAGGGUCUGAUGAAUGCGUGGUAUGCUGAAACGGCCGAGAACGUCGAGCGCUGGCUCGAGGGCAAGCAAGUUUUGCAUCGCAUUGCUUGA